AUGCAAACAUUGGACCCAUGUUGUGGAGUUUCUUUUCGACGUUGUAGUCUUUGCGGUCGUGUUGCAGUGCCUAUUCCAACACAGGUGCUUGUCCACGCUCCCGGGUAUAUGGACAUAUUUGUGGAUGAGAGUGUGAAAAAUUCACGCUAUGAGAAAAUAUGCUAUCUGGGCGAGGGUCAGUUCGCGAAUGUAUUCCUCGCGAGGGAUUUGAAUCGUGGCGGUCAUCUGGUAGCCAUCAAGAAGGUCAAAGCUGGACCCAGAUGGGUGUUAGCCGAUGGGAUGAAUCUGUCUGCUAUCCGUGAAAUCAAAGCUCUUAAAGAAUUGGAUCAUCCGAAUGUUUUGACCGUGAUGGACGUGUUCAGUCAGGAUCGCUGUAUUUGUCUCGUGUUCGAAUUUAUGGCAUCCGAUUUGGAAGCGCUUGUCCACGAUUUCACAGUUGUACUGACACCGCCUCACAUUAAAGCACUCAGUCUUCAGCUUCUCCGUGGUGUCGAGUAUUUGCACGCGAAUUGGUUGCUGCAUCGUGAUUUGAAACCAAACAAUUUGUUUCUCAGUCCGCAAGGCAAAGUGAAAAUCGGGGAUUUCGGUUUGACCAGACAGUUUGGCACGUCUCCAUCUCGACCAAUGACACAUCAGGUAGCCACUCGAUGGUAUCGGGCACCGGAACUGUUCUACGGUUGCACCCAGUACGGAGUUGGUAUAGACAUGUGGGCUGUCGGAUGUAUUAUUGCCGAGUUUCUACUACGUGCUCCAUUGUUUCCCGGAGACUGUGAUCUGACCCAGUUGGCGAAAAUAUUCGAUAUAACUGGAACGCCGGAAGAUGACACUUGGCCAGACGUACGUCGUCUGAUCAAUUACGUGAACUUUGAACCCAAACCCGGUAUACCUUUCUCAAAGAUAUUCACUGCAGCCGGCUCCGAUCUCAUCGAUCUACUUGAGACCUUGUUAAGCUUGGAUCCGGAUCUGCGCGGCACCGCCCAACGAUCANACGAUCAGCUACCUCAACCGAAAGUGAAUCGUACCGUUGCCGGCUUGUUGCAUCAACACGAUCAUCAGCGGGAUCUGAUGAAUCCACUUGAUCCGGGAUUGGCCCGACCGGUGACCGCAAUGAAUUCAGCAUCGUUGGACGACACCACCAGUACACCUAUCUCUGCUACUCGUGCUUCGAGACACAAACAAAAUCCCACCGAUUCGAACUUAAAAUCUGAACCGACGGUUGCCAAGCGCUUGCGAUUCUAA